CCCUUCUCGCGGAUAUAAAGCUUCCAGGGGAGGAGGCGACAUUCACACUCAGAAACGUCCCUCUUCGCCUCAACCCAACCCUCACCCUCCGCCAGCAUGUGCUGCAACUACUACGGGAACUCCUACGGGGGCUGUGGCUACGGCUGUGGCUAUGGCUCUGGCUAUGGCUGUGGCUAUGGCUCUGGCUAUGGCUGUGGCUAUGGCUGUGGCUAUGGCUCUGGCUAUGGCUCUGGCUAUGGCUGUGGCUAUGGCUCUGGCUAUGGCUCUGGCUAUGGCUGUGGCUAUGGCUCUGGCUAUGGCUGUGGCUAUGGAUCCAGAUAUGGCUGUGGAUAUGGAUCUGGCUAUGGCUGUGGCUACGGCUCUGGCUAUGGCUGUGGCUAUGGCUGUGGAUAUGGAUGUGGCUACGGCUCUGGCUAUGGCAGUGCCUGCUGCACCUUCCGACCAUGCUGCUACCGACGAUGCUAUUCCUCUUGCUGCUAGAACAUCGCCUAGAACACUCUGCGCGUCCAACAUAAUAUUGAAAAUUAACACUUUCCCUUUGAAUGAUGCCCCAUUCAUCAUCUCUACACUCCAGUGAGGAUUGGACACCUCCUGUUUUUACAUUCAAGUCUUGUUGUUAUGGAGGAAGUAGGAAUGCGUCCAUUGUGGGACCUGAACACGGAAGACGUGAUUGUGAAUGCGUUCCCAAUGUCCACGCUCGGCCGUUCUACCCUAUGAAGUUGUGUUGUCCUGGAACACAAAUACGCCAGAGUUGGAAGAAAUUAUUCUUUUUCAAUAAACAAACUU